AUGAAUUUAGUUAGCUAAAACAACUUAGAAAUUUAAUAAAACAUUUAAUUGUAGUUCGAUCCUAAGCUUUUUUCAGAAAUAUAUCUAGAAAAAGCUUCGUUUUCAAUUAAAAAUUCAAAUAAUGACACAGCAAAUAACAAAUAAAAAUAGUAGAAAUCUGUUAUAGAUAGCUACUUUAAGUCUAUACCAACUAACUUAUUCGGAAUAUCAUUUAUUUUCUUAGAAUAAUAGGAUAUCCAAGGGAAAGAAAUGCAAGAUUUAGGCUUAAAGUUAGAUUUCUAUGCUUAUAGAUAAUAUUUUUAGCACUUGCAGAAUAUUUCAGUUGACAUUAUGCCAGGUAACUUUCCAAGCUUUGGCAGUUUAAAAUUACUAAUAAAAACGAUGAAUCUUCUUUAAAAAGUGAAUAAUAAAAUAUUAUGGGUUAGAUAAGAUAAAAUAGUCGAACUAAAUGAGUGUAUAGAAUUGGCAUUAAUGUUUUAUGAGUAAAGAAAUUUAAAAUAUUCUCUCUUUUACUUCUCUAAAAUGCUUUCUAUUGAAGUGUAUAAUGGAUAACUCUACAUUGACAUAAGAGAGAGUGUGUAUAUUAACUCUGAAAGCUUAACAAAAAUAUUCUAAGCUCUGUAAAAAUCUUUUCCUUCAUUUUAUGAUUUGCAUAUCAGAAUAGGAGACAAUAACUCUUUGAAUUCAAAUAUUAUAUAACCUUUCUCUGAGUUUGUCAUGUAGUAUGCAUAAAAUUUAUAGAGACUCAAAAUUUUUAUUGGAAACAGAAACUAUAUUGGUAGCAAGCUUUUUAGUAAAUUAGGAUAGGCAUUUUUGCCAAAAUUAACUACCUUUCAAAUGGAGGUUAUGAGCAAUAAUGAUUAACUAUCUACAGACUCUUAAGGAUUAUUCGAUUUUCUCAGAAAUCAAUAAAACCUUUAAUUCCUCAGCUUAAAUUAUGGUUCUAAAAACUCAUUAAAUGCUAAAACAUUUGAAAACUUUGGAAAAUCACUGCAAAAUUUAAAAAAGCUGACUGAUUUAGAUAUCAAUAUAGGACAAUGGAAUAAGAUUGAAUCUUUGGGAUGCAAUAAUUUUACAGAAUCAAUUAAAAACAUGAACCUUAAAAAGAUUAAGUUAAUAUUUGAAGGCUAAAAUGGAAUUACUCCUGAUGGAGCUUCUAAGUUCUUUGAUAUUCUAUCUACUUUCAAUGGCCUUAAUUCAAUCUAAGUAGGAUUUGGAGAUAAAAAUUGCUUGGAAGAAAAAUGUAUUAGAAGUUUUUCAGAUUGUUUGCAUCGCCAAAUAUAUCUUUCGACUUUAUCUCUAAAUUUAAUUCACAAAAUAAAUACUGACACUUCUAUCUUGUUUUAGUCAAUCGAAAAUAAAAAUGCCUUAUAUAAUUUGCAACUUAAGAUUGGUUAAGAUUACAACAUUAAUGAUAGCAUGGAGUCACUUUGUUAAUCGUUAAUUUCCUUAACUCAGCUCAAAAACCUCAGCAUUGAUUUUAUAGGAACAAAAGAGAUAUAGCUUAAUAAAAUGGAACUUCUUUGUAUGGCUAUAAGAAAAAUCCCAAGUCUCAUAGGACUCUAAUUUUAUACUGAUGAUUUAGCUGACGAUAAAACUUUAAGUAUCUUUAGAUAUAUUUUUGAAGGAAAUAUCAAUUUUAAAGAUAUUAGAAUAGGCUAUAAUGUUAUAUUUUAACAUAACUUUUCUAAAUUUGAAUUGGAAAUAAAAGGUAAAAAACGUUGGGAUAGAGAUAUUAUUUAAUCUAUUUGCAGAUAAAUAAGCAAAUAUCAGCCAAUCAAAGAUUUUAUCAUAAAAUUUGAUGCUGAAAAAACUAGACAUUGUUAACCUGAAGAUUUGGUUACUUUUUUGAGAUAUGCUUGUAUGUCUUUAUAAAAAAACCCUAAUAAAAAUGGAAAAGUCUUUAUUUUCUUUGAGGGAUUUUUAGAAAUCUAUACUCAAUCUAUUUUGGUUGAGAGCUAUAAUCUUUAUGAAUAUCAAAACUAGUUUUUACUGAAAAAUAGUGAAACUGCUUAAUUCUUUGAAAAUGAAAAUAAGCUCAUCCAUAUCAACUAUAUGCCUAAAAGCACUUAAAGUCUUUCAAUUUUAUAAUUAGAAGACGUUAUUUCUUUAGUCUCAGGAUUAGGAUAUAAUUGUAUUAACUUAAAAUCUAGUUUUGGUCCCAAAAAAUAAGCUGCAAAUAAUUAACAACAAGGUUUAAUGUAAAUGCUUGGCUUAUAAUAGUAAUAAUAGCAAUAAUAAAUGGGUGGGGAAGAAGAAGAAGAUUAAGUUGGAGAAUAAAAUGAUGAUGAUGAAGAAGAAGAAGGCCAAAAUCAGUAGCAAUAAGGCUUAGGAGGAAACAAUUAGAAUUAAAAUAAUUUCAGUAGAAAUCAGUUUAGUAUUAUACUUUCUUCAACUAUCUCCUCAAUAAAGUCUUCUAAAUUAAAAAAAUUAACUGUCGAAGCAAUGAAUCAUUUUUAUAUGAGAGUUAGUGAGUCUAAAUUUGACUUCUAUCUAUUUGAGAGAGAAAGUUUACCUUAACACUCACUACAGCAACUCAAUAUAAAUUUAAUAUAAAAAACCACUCACCUCAAAGAAAUAUAAUUAGAUCUUAGGCAUUUAAACAAUUAAGGAAUUAACUCUCUUAGACAUCUAAUCGAUAAUCAAUAAGGAUUGGUUAAACUAUAUUUAGGAGGACAAAUUAAAUUGUUGAAGGAAAAUAUCAGAGACAUGAGCCUAUUCCAUUUCUAGUUAAGAAGUUUAUAGUCUUUGGUUUCUCUAAACUUAGAUCGAAUUUAAUAUUUAGGGCUUAACUAGGAAGAAAUACCUGCAUUAAAUGAACAUUAAUAGCAACAAUUUCGUUUAUUCAUGCAGUAAAAUCACAAUGAUUUAAUUGCCAGAUUAGAAUAAAUCCAAAAUCCUACUUCAUAAUAAGAAGAGUAGGAAUUGUAGGGUAUUUAAGAUUAGAUCAUUUAACUUAGAAAUAAAAAAAUGUAAGAAUAUUUUACUUAGUCUGUUGAAGAAUUCAAAUAAAUAAUAGAUAAUACUAAAAGAUAAGUUAUCUAGAGAAAAGCCUUAUGUGUUAUUAUGAAAUUUUCAAAACUAAAGAUUAAUAGGAAACUCAAAGGAGACAUAAUUAUAGAUAUAGGCAGAAGCUUAUUAAUUUGA